GCCGCUGUGGAGGGGAGGCCGACGCACCUAUAUACACGACGGUGGCGGGUCGCUUGUGGGCACAGCGUCCUGACGCUCGGGGAAGGCAGGGCGUCGUUGCGUGUGCGUCGUGGCGCGGGCUGCGUGAGUGCGUGUUCUGUGACAGGGCGGGUCAGUGGGCUGACGGCGCGUCGGGCAGUCCAGCCAGAACUGCGGCCGCUGGUCAGCUUCUAUAGUCACAUCCCUUCAGCACCAUUCAUCUCGCUCAUUCAGGCCUGGAGAUGACCGCCGAGCAGCUGUCGGGCGGCUGUGGUGUGUCGGAGGCGCGGCCGGAGACGUCUCGCGGCUACCCUCCCUAUGGAGACGGCGACGACCUGGAUCUGGAACUGGAGCUGGCCAGCCUGGAAGAUGAAGAGGACGAGGAAGACGAGUGCGACGGCGACAGCGAAGGCAGCCGGCCGCGUCACCACCAGCAGCAGAAGUCACAGCAGCAGCAGCUGCUGCAGCAGACGCAGCAGCAGCAGCAGGUGUCCAGGCCCAGGGGACGCAGGGGCGGCUCCAGCAAACCCAGGGCCGGCCGCGCGCGCAGCCCCACACAGCUGCUGCGGCUGAAGCGGCACCGGCGCAUGAAGGCGAACGACCGCGAGCGCCACCGCAUGCACCUGCUGAACGAGGCGCUGGACCGGCUGCGCUGCGUGCUGCCCACCUUCCCCGAGGACACGAAGCUCACCAAGAUCGAGACGCUGCGCUUCGCGCACAACUACAUCUGGGCGCUGAGCCAGACGGUGCGCAUGAUCCACAGCCAGCAGCAGCAGCAGCCGGACGACCCCGCGUCCGCGGUCGCGCUCGAGCCGGCGGCCGACCUGCUGCAGGCGGCCGGUGCGCAUGCGCGGGCGCAGGCCCAGGCGCAGGCGCAGGCGCAGGCGCAUGCGCAGUCGGCGCCACCGCCCGUGACGCUGAGCGUGGGCAGCGUGACCGUGAGCAUCGGCGGCGAGCGCGGCAACCUCAUCACCUCGAGCAGCGGCAGCUGCGCCGUCGCGCAGCAGCGCAGGCUCCAGGGCCAGCAGCUGUUCGCCGCAUCCAGCGCUCCAGCCUGCGCCAGCCUGCACGAGGACACCUGCUCCAGCUACAGCGACCUCUCCGACUGCUACGGCAGUCCGCCCUCCUACCACCCGCACCACUCAAUGUACCAGUGCCUGUGAGCCCAGGACGGCUGUCGGCAAAGUGCCCUGCGUUACUCGUUCUGUAGCCACAUUACUACACCAUACAACUGCGUGCUACGCACACUAACUUUACAUCCCGCUGGAGCUGCCGCAGACAUCACAGCUUACCAGCAAUACACGUAUGCGGUUGAUUUACCUCAUUGGUUCUUCCUAGAUUUACUUAUUAUUGCUUAGCCAAAGAAACAGUUAUGAUAUCUAAGACAGCUGACAUACAGGGCGGAAAAUCCCUUUACAACUUCUAGGAUUUUUAGAGGGAAGUAGCAACAUAAUAUUGUGAACAGGAACCCAUGUCUGGAAACAUCUCCUUUCCAUCCUACAACGAUUUCAAUUCAGAUGUAAACGCGUCCACAUCUCCUGAGGAAAAGAGAAAAAUCUCAGAGAUGCAUGUCCUGGUGUGCAAUAGUGUACACAGGAUGACGUAUACUAUGUAAUUAACUGUCUCCUGUAGAGACCGAGGAAGAUCUGCUACCAUGCAGUCUGACCGUAGAACUAGAAAUUGAAGAGAGACCACUUGGGAUGGAGGGUGUGUACCAGAACAUGCUUCGCAGGUUCAAUGUCUGUAACAACGUUGGCGGUCGCCAUAUCGAGCCGCUUUUGUUUUGUUCUGUACCUACACUAUGCUGGAUUUUCUUUUGUUCUGGAAUAAUGUAAGCACAUAAUGUUCAGGUGUUAAUACAGACUAAUGUACUUAAUUGAUAAACGGAUGUUUCGUUACGUUUCUAUUCGAACUGUUACUUAAUAACUGUAUUGCGUAACUGCCAGUUCAAUUUCUCAAGCAGAAGUGGAUGAGUUAAACGUCUAAAUUGAAAUCGACGUAGAACAGAAACGAUACAUUACCGAACAUGGGCUCGUACUCAAAAUAUUAUGAACUCACUCCCCAUUACAAGUCCUAGAAGUUUCUAACGGCACAAUUCCUGAACACCUAGUAUUACAUCAGUUAUGCUGUCUUCAUGCCUUACCCGCUGCUGUGCACACUAUGUUCUGAUUAUUUUUGCGGUAUAAUAAUAAAACACUGCACCAGGUACAAUUUUUUUCAUGCAUAUCACGUCACGUUCUAGGAUUUUAUUCUCAUUACAAAGUGCAAAUAUUUGCGUUACUAUUUUAUGUGUGAGUGUGUUCUGCUUCGCUUGCCCCGCAGACAUGUUUUUGUGGUUCUACAAUCUAUCCAGCAACAUAUGCCUUGUGGUUUUUUUCUAAGAGCUAAUGUUAGAAAAUAAUAUAUGAGUGUCUGUCUAGGUACAUGUACCGUGCCUCCUUCAUUGUGCAGAAAUCCGCACAUCACUUAAAAUUUUAAAAAAUUACAUAAAAUGCUAUUGUAUAUUCCCACUUGAUGAUGAGAUUAAGUUAUCGAAACGGUUUUACUAUGCUUGAAGAAACUGUAACUGGUGCAGUGUUUUAUUAUUUAAAUCAUGAAUGGCACAGCUGCAGGUUUUGUAAAAAAAAUCCCUUACGAUGAACGAAAUAAAGAUUAUUUUUGUACAAAAGGAAGAGUAAACUUUUUCGAGAAAUAGCAAAAAGAUACCUUACACUAGUGUCUUAUGAAUGUUAGAAUGAUUUGAGAACUUCGUGGAUUUACUUUUACAAACAUUAUUUAAUGUGGCUGUUGUUAACGGAUGCAAACUAUCUUCUCACAUGUUUGAAAGUAUACCUUUUUAGCAGGUUACUUAUAGAUAAUACCGCAGCUGAAGGCAACAUAUGUUCAAAUGUCAGUUACCUAAUUAUAGUCUGAGUGUUAAUGAAACACAAAGGUGCAAAAUACACCAAGCAAGUCAAUAUUUAGCGGCACGAUACGCUCAGUGGUGCAGAUUGAGAAAGUGGACGUGUGACGUCGGCCUUUAAAUGAUUACCUUCAAGGCGAUCACGGUACUCAAAUAAUCAGAACUAUGAAGCGUGUGGUGACAUCAACUACAUGCUUACAGUUUGCAUGAGGCUUUCGUCUGGAAUAUAAAACGUUGUUUUUUGAACGGUUGGUUUUGCCGAAUGAGGGCCAAAACAAAACUGACGAUCGACCUCCCUUUCUUCUAAUGACCAAACUAAGAGUAUCUCUACUUUCUCAGAUGUUAGACUCAUACCACGCAACUGAAACUUUUCCAUUUUUAGGCUAUGGUCACAUAAUCACUCUGUACUAUCUUAGUAUGAACAGUUACCAGGAAAAAGAUUAUUCAUUUACAAUGACGCGGUUGGCGUCCGAGUCCACAAAGUCGUGAUUGGCUACAACAGUCAUUCCGAAUCAUUUUCGAGUAAUGGCCUGCUGUUCUUCCUCGGUGAUGUCACAGCCACGUCUUGACUGCUUAAGCUAGGUCACACUUUCAUAUGUGUAGGAUCAUGAAGAACAAUAAUGACUGCUAUGAUCUGCCCUUACUGAACUAAAUGCUCUGGUAAAUUGUUAAGUAUAAGUCAAAGAAAGCACAAAGACUUUAGUUUCCAUAAUUAACCGUUACUUUCAUUUGAGAAUUUGCACAAAAAAUUGCAUUGACCUUCAGUUUUUGUUGCGUGGCUGGUCAGUUCUGACAAAUUGCAAGUGCCACUGCUGAAUAAUGAAUUAACUGUUUAAAAUAGCAGCCUAACAAAUCAUACUUACACAUGUACACGCUGAAUAUAUCACUGCCAUUCAAGCGCUCUUCAUAUUGUCAACUUACUUAUAAAGAGUAUUAUCAGAUUAUAUGGAAAUGAAAAUAUCGCAUCUCCCACUUUGUGUUACGGUGUAACAAUAUAUUAAGUUCCUUUUUAAGUUUAAUAUUUUUUGCCAUAAAUACGCUAGUCUGUGAUUGUUUCACCCAACGAUUUAUUUGUUGUAGAUAUACAACGUGUAGAAUUAUGAUAAUUUUUGCGAGAUUUUAAAGAUUUUAUUUAUGCACUUUCUUAUUUAUUGUAUUUAUUAAUUUUUUGCGUCUCUUGUACAUAGUGUAAAUAUGCCGUCCAUAGCGUCCAGGGAAAGAAAGUAUUCCAAAUUUUUAGAGAAAUGAGAAAAGUGGCAAUAUACAUAUUUUCAUAUUUGUCGAAGCCAAUUUCUCCUCGAGAUGAAAUAAAUCGUGCUGCCCUUCAGAAGUAUGUAUACGAUACUAUUCGAGUAUUUUUGUAUGUUAACUGAAGAACGAAAUUAAUUUCUAAAAUAAAGAAUAUUUUAGCUAUCAGAAUUUGUAUUUUUGUAUUGUCAAGGAAUGAGUAAACGUGAAUAAACAGUUCUGUCAAAUA